CAGAAACACAACCUUGUUGUCGCGCAAUCAGCACCAGCAGACACUUAUUAGCGGAAACUUCUCUCCCUGAUAUUCUCCUUUGUCCACAUUACACCUAGUAUUCGAUCCCACACUCUCAUUGUUUUAUUUCCAGUUUUCAACUCUUCUCAACGCGGGCUUUGCGGGCCGACAUUUGUCCCACCAUGCCCGCAUAUACCACUUCCCAAAAACAAUAUAUUGCGCAAUUUGUGAACUUUACCCAGGCGAAGGAUGCUACUGCUGCAAAGUUCCUCAGAGCACACGGGUGGAAAGUAGACGAAGCAGUUGAUGCUUAUUUUCAGAGUCCGGCCGGAGCAAGUGCCGCUGGCAAUACAGCUGCCCUGAACAAGAUCUUUGACAGUUACCGAGAUGCUCCCGAAGAGAACCCAGACAGCAUCGGUAUUGAAGGCGCCAUGAAAUAUCUCGGCGAUAUCCAAGUCGAUUUGGACGAGGUGUGCUGUUUUGGUAUCGCAGAGCUCUUGAAGUCACCUUCCAUGGGUGAAUUCACACGAGAAGGUUUCAUAGAAGGCUGGCGGACUGCUGGGUGUGACUCCAUUCCCAAGAUGAUCGCCCAUGCUGCCACACUCCGCACUCGCAUCACCUCUCAGCCCGAUGUUUUCCGUCGGGUUUACCGCUACGCUUUCCCUCUUAGUAGACUUCCCGGUCAGCGCAGCCUACAGCUCGAAAUCGCGACAGAGCAGUGGCGUCUUUUCUUCACCCCGGACAAGGGAGGUAUUCAGUGGAACACUCCGAAUACGCCCUGGCUUGACUGGUGGAUUGAGUACAUGGAAGGGAAAGUGAAGAGGCCCGUCAAUAAGGAUCUCUGGGAGCAGGUCGAAGUCUUCAUGCGGAAGACGACAGAGGAUGAGAACUUUGGCUGGUGGAGCGCCGAUGGAGCUUGGCCCGGUGCUCUGGACGAGUUCGUCGCAUACGUCCAGGCAAAGAGAGGAAAGGGUUCAGAAGCCAUGGAGGUCGAGUAGGAUGUGUAGACCACGGAGCUCAUUACAUAUACCGUCCGGAAAAUCUCUCACACGUUCUCCUUGUCGCCCCUUUAUUGGAAACCCUCCAUGUCCGGCAUUAGGUGGGCAGAUGAACGCCGCUAUGUUUCAGUCUGAAAUAUGUCACGAGAGAGAGAGAGAACGAGUAUAACUCAACAGCCUUCCAUCUCACCGUUGCAUAUGUCCAACUAUCAGCAGCAGAAGUAGAAAUACGAUGCAUGAAUGAACGUAUGA